CAAAGAGCUGCCUGGUUCUCUCGUGUGUAGCCAUUGGGGCAGUCUGCGCAGGCCGCAUAGCUCAGCUGUCUUUGAGAAACCGAUGUCUUCCUCACAGCUCCCGGCCUUCCUGUGGGACAAGGGCACGCUCACCACCACCAUAUCUGAUCCUGCUUACCUAGUAAAGCUUCUCUUCUUCUUUGCACUCCUGAUGCCCCUAGUCACUCUACUCAUCCUGGUCUGGAAAGUGACCAAAGACAAAGGCAACAAGAACAGAGGGCCAGAUCCAAGAAAGGAGGAAACUCUGCUGGCAUGAAGAUGGACAGUCCCUGCUGAGGACUCCAUUGAGGGGAAGACCCGGAGGCUCAGGAGGCUGGGCCGUCCGGGAGCCUUCUCAGAGCUGGAGCCUGGGGAGGAAGAACUGCUCUGUCCCCACAGGCCCCCAGGGCCGAAGCUCCCCCGCCUCCUCCCUCCUCCACCACCACGUCCGCUGUAAUUCUCGCUCAUCUGGCUUUUCCCUGGCUGGUCCAGGCGGCCGGGUUUGAAUGUCUUCUCUCUGUGGGUCUUCUCGACUGACAUUAUAAAUGGCUCUUGAUUUCUGCAUUAAUGGAGGAAAGAAACAAACACGUGGAGGAUUAAAAAAUUGAUUACAAACCCUAAAUUUUCCUUUCUGAAUUGGGCAUGUGUUGACUCUGGGAUAUUGAAAUUAUUGGGAGCUCACAGCAUCUCCGAUAUAUAAUGAUGCUAUACCAGAAGCU